CACCUUCGCUACCACUCCCUACACCAUCAAUUCCAUCCGCGCCGCCGCCGGAAUCGACGUCGUCCCCUUCUCCGACGGCUUCGACGCCGCCGGAUUCCACGACGCCGCCAGCCUCCAGGAUUACAUCGACACCUUCAAAACCGCCGGCUCCAAAUCAGUCGCCGACCUCGUGCGCCGCCUCAACAGCCGCUCCUCCUCCUCCGCCGCCGCGGCGCCGCCGGUCACGUGCCUCGUCUACGACUCGAUGCUCCCCUGGGGGCUCGAAGUGGCGCGGAGCCUAGGGAUUUAUUCGGCGGCGUUCCUGACGAAUUCCGCCGCCGUGUGCUCGAUUUUCCGGCAGGUGGAUCGAGGGAGGAUGAGGCUGCCGGUGGCGGCGGAGGAGUUGCCGGUGAGUCUGCCGGGGAUUCCGCCGCUGGGGGCGGAGGAGAUGCCGACCUUCCUGGUGCAGGCGUCGAAUCCGUACUUGGAAGCGGUUAUGGAAAUGUUUGCUCUCAUGGAUCAAAACGACUUCAUUUUUGCUAACAGUUUUGAUAUGCUCGAAAACGAGGUAGCGAAGGCCAUGUUAGGACAGUGGCCAGUGAAGAUGGUUGGUCCAUCAGUCCCAUCAGCUUUCCUCCACGACAAUCUCAAUUCUGACACCGAUUACGGCAGCAGCCACGACCGUCUCCCCGAGGGCGACGCAGCCACCGCCGACUGGCUCAACGCUAAGUCCCCCAAAUCCGUCGUCUACAUUUCCUUCGGUAGCAUGGCGCAAAUCUCAGCCGUCCAGCUCGAGCAGAUCGCCGACGGCCUGAUCGAAAGUGGGUCCACCUUCCUCUGGGUGGUCCGGGAGCCUGAGCACCGGUUCCUCCUCCGAACCCGCCUGGACCGAGGCGCGGCGGAGGGGAUGCUCGUCCCGUGGUGCAACCAAGUGGAGGUCCUAAUGCACGAGUCGGUAGGAUGUUUUUUGACGCACUGUGGGUGGAAUUCGACACUGGAGGCUAUUAGCUUUGGGGUUCCGGUGGUGGCGAUGCCGCAGUGGAGCGAUCAGCCGUUGAACGCGAAGUUCGUCGACGAGGUGUGGGGGGUUGGGGUGAGGGUGGGUAGGGGGAGGGGGGAGGGUGGGGUGGUGGGGAAGGAGGAAGUGAAGAGGUGUGUUGAGGAGGUGAUGAAAGGGGAAGAGUAUAGGAAGAAUGCUUUGAAAUGGAGGGAUUUGGCUAAGGAUGCUAUGAGGAAAAUAAAGAAAAUGCUUGUGGCCAUGGCUAUGGCUGAUCUGCUGCUUUCCUCAAACCUGACCCAAAGGUAA